CGCAUACUACUUUUCCCUAAAAUGUUCCUAUGCCUUUUCGAGGAUCAUUAAGGCUAUACAUAUACCUAAAUUGCAUUGCGAGUAAGGCAUGUAAAAACAAGCUUCCAUGGCACCGCCAUCAACCAGGGCCAUUGCCAAUUCGGCACAAGCCUUGGACCUAAUUCCUAUCGUAAACUCCAUAACUUCCCUUCUUCAAACCCUAAACCCAAGAAACCCCAUCCCCAUCAACCUCACAUCAUCCCCUCUAAGCCGCUUCUCACCUUUCCUAGACCCAAACUUAGUCACCCUUGUCAUCCACAAACAAACCAACCCUUUCCACGCUUUGUUCUUCUUCAACUGGGCAUCAAACCCAAACCCAAACCCCAAUAACUAUUCCCACAAUCACACUUGUUAUGAAGCCAUCACAGAUCUCCUCCUUCGCCACUCUUUAUUCCACCGUACAGUCAAACUCCUUGAGAAAUCCCAAAAGCUCUCUGAUUUCUUCGUGGGUAAAAUCAUCAAGGCGUAUGGGGAUAGAGGUAAUAUUAAAGCUGCUAUCUUUUGGUUUAAUAAAGCGAAAUCCUUUGAGAAAGAUAAGUAUUUUUAUUCGUUUAAUUCGAUUUUAGGUGUUUUAGUUAAGGCUAAUUUGAUAGAUUUAGUUGAAACCUUGUUUGAUAACGUUGUGAAGGAAGGUGUGGUUCAACCUGAUGUGUCUUCUUAUACUAUAUUGAUGAGAGGUUUAUGUAAAAAAGGGAUGGUUGAGAGUGCACGAAAGGUGUUAGAUGAAAUGCCUUGCAAGCCGAAUUUGAUUGCUUAUAACACUUUGAUUAAUGGGUAUUGUAAGAACGGUGAUUUAGAGAGUGCAAGUUUGGUUUUCGAUACGAUAUUAACCGAGGCGGAUUCCUUGCCCGAUGUUGUGACUUACACUACUUUGAUUGAUGGGUAUUGUAGAAAAGGAGAAUUUGUUGAGGCAAAGAGGUGUUUGAAUAUGAUGAUGAAAGCGGGUUGCUCACCUAAUGUUGUUACUUAUAAUGCUCUUAUAUAUGCUUUGUGUCUUAAAGGGGAAGUAGACGAGGCAAAGAAGAUGAUAACCGAGAUGAGGUUGAAUGGAGUAAAGGAUAAUACUGCAACUCAUUUGAAUAUAUUGAAAGGGCUAGCUGUUGCAGGGAGGUCUUUAGAAGCCCUUGAAUAUUUUAAAUGGAUGGCUGGUUGUAAUAUGAAUUUGGAUGCAAAAGCAUAUAUUGUUGUUGUGAAGGAAUAUUGCAAGUUGAGGAAGAUUGAUGAAGCAAUUUUCCUUUUGAAGGGAAUGUGUGAAAGAGGGUUUAGUCACAAUGUAAGUUGUUUUAAUUCAAUGUUUAGAGCUCUCGUCGAGUUAAAUGCACUUGAUAGAGCUGUUUUGCUUCUAAAACAGAUGCCGCAAAUGGGUUGCAUGCCGAAUUCUGUGUCAUAUAGAACUGUCAUAUGUGGUCUUUGUGGGACCGAAGGUAGGAUGCGAGAGGUUGGAUAUCUAGUCGAUGACAUGCUUCGAUAUGGUAUUCCUGUUGAUGCUACAAUGUAUGGUUGUAUGCUUGAGGGAUACAGUAGGGCCGGAAAUGAAGAUAUGGCAAUGCAAGUUUUUAAUGAAAUGAUUGGCAAGAGUUAUAUCAUUAGUUCAGAGAGCUUCUCGGUUUUUGUCAAAAUGCUGUGUGCGGAAGGGAUGAUUGAAAAGGCUGAAAACUUUUUCGAGGACAUUUGUAGGACAUUCCCUGUGGUUGAAAGGGAUGGUUAUAGAAAAAUCUUAGAUAAGCAUCUGCAAAUAACCCAAGAUUCAAGUAAGGAAAACAGCAGAGAAGAGAACUCGUGACGGUGGAAACAUGAAAUGUUCUUUACUCAUGACCCUGCAGGCUUUAGCAGUCUGAAUAAACUUGUUCGAGAAGAAUCUUAGAUGAGCAUCUGCAAAAAAACUCGAAGUCUCAAGUAAGGAACUCCAUGGAGAAGAGAGUUUGUGAUGGUGGAAACGCAAAAGGGAUUCGUUACUCAUCACCCUGCAGGCUUUAGCAGUCUGAAUAAAUUUGAUAUUCAUCUGAUGGGAGCACCAUUAGGUAUCUCUCACACUGCUGAGAUUCAAUUCCCUAUGUUGGUGACAACACAGCAUUCCUUGUUUUACAAUGGCUAAAAUGUUGCAGCAACGAGCUACAUACCCUGAGCGGCAGCAUUGUGGAAUUUGCUUCCCCGCCAGAGACAAGAUGGAGAAUCAGUCAGCGCUGAGCGCCAUUCCUUAAAACUUGUAUUUGGCAUUCCGAUUGAUGUUUCUUGAUUGGCAUUGUAUUUAAUCAUCUGAAAUUCAUCUUUUGCUUC